GGCAACUUUCUACGAGCCCCUUUCUUCCCCUUCUCUACAAGAACCAAAGAGAUCUGCAGCUUCUUCAAGUUGGUGUCAGUACUGCCGAACGCGAUGGACUCUGUUGAGUGACUGUGAAGUGAUUUGUACUGAUUCAGGAUGUGGAUUAAGACGAUAGUGUUAGUAGGCUGCGUCCUCGCGACCUUGGGCGCGGAAGAGCAACGUUCGAAGAAGAAAGAAGAUCCUCGAGGCAAACGCAAUCUCCAGUACUUGGCUCACCAUUACAACGGUCCUCAUUCCUACCGACUGGAAAGGCGGAUAUCCACGGGUUCCCAAAUUCCAUCAUUGUACCAUUCUCAGUUCUUCCCAGGUCCUAGGUCCUACUCGCCGUAUCACAAAGGUAGACCACAUUCUCUAUAUCCGCCUCCUUAUGCCGUUCAAAUGGAACCUCUCGUCCACUACUCGCAACGAGAUCCUUUGUACGAUACUAACACUUUAUCCCUGAAUGCAGAUGGCCAAGACGACCUCUUAACCGAUAAUAACCACCUUAGUGAGAACGUUUACGGGCCCCAAAAGCACGUCGUCGAAAGACCGGUCUACAUUAAAGAACCCGAACCGAUCAUUGAGAUUAUUAUCAAGGAAUCGAACGUUACUUUGCCGCCGCCUCCAGCGCCACCCACACCGCCACCGAAGAAAAAGGAACAAGUGCAAGUGUUUUACGUCAAGUAUAAGAAAAAUCCCAACGGACAUGGAAAAGAAACUGUGGUUUAUGAUAAACCGAUCCCUGCUAUCUCGCAACCAGUGCCAGAGGAACACGAAGAACCCCAAACUUACCACCACCAUCACCAAGAAGUUGUAACAUCACCACCUCCACCCAGUACAACUCUUCGUACGAUUAUUCGACCCGAUUCAGAGACUUAUCACAGUCCCAGUGGCGUCAAAGUCACCUUUGGAAAAGAAUCCUUCGAUUAUGAUAAAAGAUCAAGCAAACCUGAAGAUCUGAAAGCUUCACCUGGUGAUCACAGAUCAGUGCAGUUCCCUCAAGGAAGACAAUUAUCUUCGUUUCCUCCAAGUGUCCCCCGAAGACCCUCUAAUCACAAUUUCAACCCUUCAACAAACACGCGUCAACCUCAACCUUACCGACCAUUCAACUUCUUCAGACAACAAAAUUAUCCUCGGCCCAACCCUCAACAGUACUCAACUUUACCCAAAUUUCCCGAAUUUCCUCAACCCUCAAAAACCAAUCAACGGUUUCCUCCACCAAGACCGGUCCCACCUCAAUUCCAACGCCAACCAGUGCCUUACCAACCAUUUGAGGCUUUGAGGACUCAACCGCCGAUCCAGUUCAGGCCUCAAACUCACUUCCCGAUAACUCAAGCACCUCCGAUUACGGAAAAACCGGUGCAUUUCAACCAGUUUAGACCUCAGAAACCAUCAGGACAACAAUAUCACACCCUUCCUCAAUUUCACCAAGAACCGAGUCACAAUUUCCAACAAAGACCAAUUGAAGCUCAAUUUCACCAAAGACCGGAACCUCAACCACAAUUUCAACAACCACAACAAAGGCCGGAGCCUCAACAUCAACCACAAUUUCAACAACCACAACAAAGACCGGAGCCUCAACAUCAACCACAAUUUCAACAACCACAACAAAGGCCUGAACCUCAAUUUCAACAACAAUUCCACAAUCAACCUAGCAUUAUACCCCCUGGGGGCGAACUAAUUCAAUCUCUUCCUAAAUUCGAGCAACAUAUUUCAGUCUCAGAACCUAGUUCUUCCCAGUUUCAAUAUAAACAACAAGAGCCACAACAACAGUUCCAGUAUCAACCACAAUCCAAACAACAGAAGCCUCAACAACAGUUUCAAUAUCAACCACAACCCAAGCAACAAGAACCACAACAACAGUUCCAAUAUCGGCCACAACCCAAGCAACAGGAGCCACAACAACAAUUCCAGUAUCAAUCACAACCCAAGCAACAAGAGUUCCAAUAUCAACCGCAACAAUCGUCAAUUCAACUUGAAAAACCCAAACAACAACAACCUCAACACUCCCCUGAUCAACUUCAACAACAACUACGCGAAGCUAACGCUUUCCAGGAAUCAAUCCGGCACUCCUCACCCCAGUUUUUCAACUUUCAACAACCCCAACACAAUUAUUUCCAAACAUCCACAACUCCUAGACCAACAACUCCCACGAGUACAACAACGCAAGAACCGGAAAAACCAUCCACGACGACUAAAGACCCCAAAGUGUUGAAUGCACAACUUCCAGAUGAAGUUCCUGAUGAUCUCCGCCAACAACUCCUCUCGUCUGGAAUUCUCAACAAUGCGGAUAUUUCCGUUUUGGAUUAUGAUAAAGUCGGGGAUAUUCCACUUUCGGCGCUUCCUCCAGACCAGUUGGCUAAUUUCUACAGUGCCGGAGGGGCUCAACAGAUAGGAGCUGGGAGUGAGCCAGUGCCGGCAGUGGCGGAGAGACAGUUCGAUGCGGAAGCUUCGGAGAUACAUGCUGUUACUGCCAAGCCAGAGGUGCAGAUGAAAGUUGUGAGAUAUGACCCGGAAAGUGAUCGGGGUCAACAAGUACAAGAAGCGUAUGUUAAAGAUGAUGCCACGCAGGUGGAACCGGUGGUGCUUAAUGACGACAAAUAUAACAGAUAUUUGCCACUGAAGGUGAGCGGCGCCCAAUUCCCCAUCCCCGACGUCCCCGAACUGAAAGGGAAGAAAAUUUCCAGUGUGGUAGUCCUAGCCCCUGUCAAAUACGACUUUUCUUCCUCACGACAAACUCGUGACGCGAAAGAAGAGGAAGUCGAGUUGGUGGAAGGCCAAUUUCUGAAAGAAUUACUCGAAAAUCCUUCCAAAGAAAACUUCAAAAAGUUCCUCGAAAACGAAAAUCGCACCCGAAGCGACCGACAGGCGGUGAUUCUCCUAGUGACAGGGCCAAACGAAGAAGCCAAAGACCGCGAAAUCUUCAUGUACGACCUUGCGACCCAGACUGUCAGCAAACUAAACGGGGAGUUGUCUAGCGCCUUCGUCAACGCCGCCGAGGCGAACUCUGUCAAGGACACCAAAGCGUCGGCGUCGGAAAUAGUCGAGACUCGGGUUCCUUAUGACCUUGAGACCGAAGCCUCCGAGCAUGUGGCAAGCUUCGUCGACGUGUCUGGAACUCCACUCGAUGAUGACUUAACUGCGAGUGAAACACGGGUUAGCAAGACUGGAGGGGCGCCCUAGAAGGGCCAUCUGCGGGUUAAAGGUCAUAAGGAAGUUCGCCUCCGGCUAACACAACCUCAAGUGCGUAUUAGCAAAAAUUUUAUUUAUUGAGACGUUAUUUUCAAACUCGACUCUGUUCUUUGGUUUCCGUUUUUGUCAAUAUCGCCGAGGUUGUGUCAGCAGUGGUCAACUUUUUUAUCAGUGGUUAGAUUUAGGACGGGUCGAGGGGCCCUUUGUACAGUGUAUGAUACUAAAUGUAUUACUUUUUAUAAUAAAGAUUUUGUAAGAA